UAAUUGACUGAUGCGCGCAGCGUUAAUAGGUGCUGCAUUCCGGCGCUCGGCGCAGAUGAACAUGUCGUAGAGAAAACUCGUGAUUUUCGCAGCACGGGGCUGGACAGCGGCCAAAGCGUUGGCGCAGGGACGGAGAGGGACGCAGAGGGACAGCGUGUCGGGGAGGAGAGACACACGGGGACAUCAAGGGACUAAAGGCAAUAAACCGAGAAGGCGCGGGGCAAUGCGCGGGAAAAGCGGCCUGUCAGUCAAGCGUGUGGCAGCGUUUAAUAAGGCAGAGCAGAGAGAGGACGGGGGAGAGAAAGAAAGGCUCGCGGCGCUGAUGUGACGUGUGUGUGUGUGUGUGUGUGUGUGUGAGAGACACUGUGGCGAGGAAAAAUGCUGCGUUUGACUUCACCUUCACUGCCGCCGAGUGCUGUAAUGUCUGUCAACACGACGCUGUUUAAGAGUUAAUAUUUGUGAAAUCCCGCAGUACUGCUCCAUCAAGUCUUCCAGUCAGGAUGCCAUCGUCGCUUUUCAUUCUGCUCAUGUCCUCGGCUUUCCUGAACCCCAGCUUUGCCUUCAGCUCACAUUACGACCCAGGUGGCGCCCCCCUGAGCGAGCUGUCAUGGCCAUCCUCUCUGGCCGUGGUGACCGUCUCCUUCUCUGGCCUCUUCACGUUUAUCUUCCUCAUGCUGGCCUGCUUGUGCUGCAAGAAAGGGGACAUCAGCUUCAAGGAGUUUGAUAACACUGGUGAGGAGUUCCAGGCAGAUCUGUCCACUCUCGCCUCCUCCGGCUCUCAAGAUGGCCCAGAUGUCUAUGUCCUGCCCCUCACUGAGGUCUCACUGCCUGUGGCCAAACAACCAUGUAGAUCAAUUCAGCUGCUGAAGUCAGCGGAUCUUGGACGCCACAGCUUGCUUUACCUAAAGGAGAUCGGCCAUGAUUGGUUUGGCAAGGUUUUUCUGGGGGAGGUGAACACUGGACUGAGCACCACACAAGUGGUGGUAAAGGAGCUGAAAGCCAGUGCGAGCAUUCAGGAGCAGACACAAUUUCUGGAAGAAGCUCUACCUUACCGAACUCUGCAGCAUCCUGCCCUCCUGCAGUGCCUGGCCCAGUGCACAGAUGUCACACCCUAUUUGCUGAUUAUGGAAUACUGCCCCCUGGGUGACGUUAAAGGAUACCUCCGGAGCUGCCGGGCAGCAGGUUCAGCCACCCCUGACCCGUUCAUCCUCCAACAAAUGGCGUGUGAAAUUGCCUCCGGGCUUCAGUACCUUCACAAACAUAACUACAUUCACAGUGACCUGGCUCUCAGGAACUGUCUCCUUACUUCAGAGAUGUCUGUGAAGAUCGGCGACUACGGCCUAUCUCACAGCAGGUACAAGGAUGACUACUUUGUGACGGCAGAUCAGAUUUGGGUGCCACUGCGUUGGAUCGCCCCAGAGCUCAUUGAUGAAGUCCAUGGCAACUUGUUAGUAGUGGACCAGACAAAGGCCAGCAAUGUGUGGUCACUGGGUGUGACAAUCUGGGAGCUCUUUGAGCUGGGAAGCCAGCCAUACAGACACUACACCGACAGGCAGGUGUUGACGUAUGCAGUGAAAGAACAGCAACUGAAGUUGCCAAAGCCAUUGCUGAAAGUCCCUCUGUCUGAACGCUGGUAUGAAGUAAUGCAAUUCUGUUGGCUGCAACCUGAGCAGCGGCCUGUUGUGGAGGAGGUUUACCUGCUGUUGAACUAUUUGUGUGCUAAGGGUACCAAUGAGGCAGAGGAGGACUUUGAGAAACGCUGGAACUCCCUCAGACCAAGUCUCGACACGGGCAGUUCCCAGAGAACCCCAGCCCUAGAGGUACCCUCAUCUAAUUCCUCAUUCCCCCUGCUCGAGCACUUCUCCAUGGUUGACAGUUUCCAGUCUGAGAACGGUGAUGAAAUACUAACAGUCACUGAGACCAGUGACGGGCUCAACUUUGAAUAUAAGUGGGAACAGGCCAGAGCUGAACAACCCUACUGCUCCUCAUCUACAAGUGGCCCUCUAGGAAGUAGCAACCCACAUUAUCAGGAUAUAUACUAUCCCCUCAGCAGUUCUACAGGAAGCUGCAAAGGGGAAAGUCUCGCUCUGGGUAUUUCUCCAUCUCAAUACAAGUCCGAUUACCCAGGUGUGGUCCCAGUGUUGAGUGCACACAGUCCAUCUGUUAGCAGCGAGUACUAUAUUCGCAUUGAGGAACCCACCGAGUGCAAUAUAAGUGUGGAGGAGGCCACUCUUGACUACAGUCCAGAACACAAUUCCAGCAAAUGCUCCCUCUCCAUGGAAGAGAUGAAAAGUCCUACUGAGGCUUAUACAAAUACACACUGGCCAGGAUCAAAAAACUCUAAUAGCUUCAUCAAUGUUUCAGAUACUAGUCCAACAACUACUGCCCUCAGUGUGGAGCCACCUCAAAGACAAGAUCUGAACCACAUGGAUUCUGCAGAACAAUUAGGUCAAUACUUUUUCCCCAGUGAACCAGAUAGACUGCACUGUGAACUGACACCCUCAGGAGAACAGGAAGUUCCUUUAAAGCGAGAUCAACCAUCUGAGUCUCGUCUUAAAUCUGUAAGCUUGCACAACACAGGUGCCCACGAGACUCCACGUGGCAUAUCGGUUUCGAUGGGCAGCCCCAGUCUAGGACAAUGUGACCCCUACCUCGAAGCCAACCAGAGAACUGCUGAAAAAAAUAUGGCUAUUGAGGCCUAUUAUGAUACAAUGGGUAGCCUACCGAAGAAUAUUCCUAGGCCACACAAUAUAACUAUUGAUGUUGAAGCUGCCGAUUGUCUUCUUAUGGGUGCUGCUGAUCCAGAGGAUGACAUCGAUCAUUUUACUGAGAUGGAAACAAUUAACUGGACCUCAAAUCAAUCCACAAAUAACAACACUUUAAACUUUGAUGACCGAAAGACAAGGGGGUUUCACGACACCUAUCUUGAUGUUCACCACACCACACCUUUCUCCAGUGGCCAGAACUUACAGCCAGUGUCAUUAACAACCAGGCAAAAUUCACCCGCUGAUACAUUUAAACAGCAUCCACAAAUGGAGGCUACUGGCAGGAACCCCAAUGCAUUUUCACACACAGAUUCAAAUACAGAGUGUGUGUCAUAUAUACAAUUCUGCUCUGGGGAUCAGACUAUGGUAGAGUCAUCAGUCCCAGAAAAGCUCCAAAUUAAAAAUCCACCUCAAAAGAACAGUCCCCUUCUGCAUAUUACGGAGAAACCGGAACGCUUCCCUAUGCAAGACUAUUCAAGUACCAAUCUUCUCUCUUUUUCCGGGACUAAGGACAGAAGCACAAUUCCUGCACAAGACAUAAAAGUGCAGUCAGCCGGUCCCACAAUCACGCGUGGUGCUCAGUCCAAGCAUGUCUCCGAGUGCUGUCAUACAGGGGACAGCAUAAGUUCGGUAAACAUUGAUGACUGCAGUGAUGGCGAUGGUCCUGAAAUUACCUUUGAGGUCUUUACAGACUCUCCUAUUGAUUUUGCAAAAAUUGAAGACAUAAACUUAGCACACACACCCAUGCAUAGACAGAUUCCAAACCAAGACCCUCAGGAAUUUAUAGACCUUGCUUCAAGUAGCAGCCCCUGUGAAGCCUUCAGUCCAGAUGCUUACCACACAUCCAUUCAGCCCAAGUCACUUGAUAGUGGCUACGACACAGAGAACAAUGAGUCGCCUGAGUUUGUCAUGAAAGACCUGGAGGCAAAACCAGUUCUCAGUACAAGUGUGGAAUCAGAGUAUGAAAUGGUCCUUCAAAUGGACCUUGAGGAAAAUGAUUUGACCCCAACUAGCAACAGUACUCUUAAGCUGACAAGCCUGGGCAAUAGGAGCCAAUACAGAGAUUCAGCGUAUUUUUCAGACUAUGAUGCAGAAAAUGAAAAAAGCCCCUGUGAAGGAGGAAGCAUCUUCUUUGAUAACAAACUUGAUUUCUUUGUAAAAGAACCUGUAAAAGACGCAUCUCUUACGAUGAUUGUGAAGGAGGGAUUUAAAAAUAAUUUUACAAGUAUGAUAGCAAAUGUAGGUAAUCCUUUGCUGAGCGUCAAACAGUUGUGUCAGGAUAGGAGGAACAUGGAGUUUGAUCCAAGUUCAUCUCCUGCAUCAGGUCCAGUGAUUACAGUGUUGGCCCCAUUUCCUCCAGAGAUGGGGGGAUGUUUGACCAAAGAGUCUGCUCCAGAUGAUGGUCUUGGAGUGGAAUCUGAGCACUCUGGAGAUGAUCCAGCCUCUGAAUGCCUCUCCAGUACUGAAUCUGAUGGAUCAUCCACGACUCAGGAAGCCACAACUAUGGAGGACCAAGUUAACAGUAAUAGCAUGGGCUUCUUAUCUGCAGACUCCCUGGGUUCAGCCUCCACUAUACUGGAAGUCAAGAACUGUGAGAACAGGGAAGACAAUCCAGAUGAAUGUCAGAUGGAUGGGGAAAAUGAGGAGAAAAAAGGAGUUGAAGAGGUGGUAGAAGAUGCAGUUCUAAAUGUUAAGCGGGAUAAUUCUCUCGAUAGCAUUCUUCCUGCCUUACCAGAAAACCUGGACAUACCAGCACCCCUGGGGAAUUGUGAGGAAGAAGACGACUCUGACGACAGCGAUGAGUCAGAUGAAGAGUUGCGUAGCUACAACGUCCAAGAGCAGAGUGAUGAAAGUGAGGAAGAUUUCACCACAGUUCCGGUGGUGGUGGUGAGUGACCGAAGUAGUGCCAGGCACCUGCGUAGCCUCCUCAAAAUGCCAUCCCUUCUCACGCAGUCCUUCUGUGAUGAACUAGAACACAAGAAGAAAGCUGUCUCCUUUUUUGAUGACGUCACAGUGUUCCUUUUUGACCAGGACAGCCCUACAGGUGAACUGGCAGAAUACACCUUUCCUCCAAUGAUGGAGCCAAAUGGCCAGGCAGCAGAGUCUAAGGAUCAGCCAUCACAGAAGGAAGUCAGUGACUCUGAUAAUUCCUUAAAUAGGAAUGUCUUAAAAGAUGGUGGGACCUUGGAGUGGGAGAAUGACUUUCCGUUGAUGCCUAAUGCUUUGACAUUAGAUCCUGCCUCAGACAGAAUCUGCACUCCCCCAAACUCUCCAGUCCAUCUUCCUGAAGAGAAGCCAGCACCCCAGACUUCCCGCUUCAGUGUUUCUCGCUUCUCUAUCACACACGUGUCUGACUCAGACGUCAAGCCCAUGGGAGGUAGCUGUUCAGAUGGAAACCAAGCCUGAGAACACAUCCAGAUUUCCUUUCGGUCUGAUCCGGCUCUAGAUUCUUAUUGUUGUUUAACAUUCUGGACGAGGGUUCUCUGAAUCCGGAAGACAGUGCCUCAUGCUGUAAUUGAGUUCUUUUAGCCAACCCCUUUCUUUGUGUCUUGAGCCCAGAGGUUGGCAGUGACGUUGUUCUUUAAAGAUGGCAUUUAAAAAUUCAGAAAAAUGUUUAAGGAAUAUUUUAUGUAUGCAUAUUUAAGAUGAUAAGAUUCAGUAUCAACACUUGUAUUGCAACAAAUCACUUUAUUACAAACUGUAGCAACCAUAAGGAUAUUGGUUUACAUUGCUGUACUCCUCACUGGCUUACUUACGGUGCGCAUGUCACUCAUUGGUCAGAUCUUCCAGAUGUUGGUUUUAACUGCAAAAUAAUUUGGAGGUGGGGGGGAGGGGAUGUAAGACAACUCAACUCAAAUAACAUUCAACUUUCAUCACCUAUAAGGGGGUUUCAAAUUGGGUACCAGUGUUGGAAAGUGUAGACCAUAUUCAAUGGAGGCAAUUGCUUUUGACCACUUUAGGCUAAAAUAUUAAGGCUCAGGUAAACUGUAUUGAAGGAUGUAAAAAUUGGGAUAGCAUCAAAGUUUAAACCAGAUUAUAAAGAUACUCGUUUUUAAUAUAAUAUGCUUCCUGACUUCACCCCAUAUUCCCUUCCGUGCUGCUAUACAACCCUGAGGAUGUGGAAAAUAUUACAUAAAUGCACUUUGUUGAAGCCUAGAGGUCAUGUGCAAAUUUGUUUCCUUCAAUUAUGCUCGUAUCCUCGAUGUGUUUAUAGAGAUACAGUAAAAAUGUAUCCCAGUCUUAUUCCAGUCACCAACGUUCACUUUUAUAUGCAAGUGAACUUUCAUCACCAUGUCUGUUGAGGUAGAAAUUUAGUGUUUAGUUUACAUAUGCUGGUUUGGUCACAUUAGUCUUUAGAAUGAGUGAGCUAGAAAUACUCAGCCAUGAGAUCUCUGACUCUGACUGAGAAGUCAGUAUUUCCCAGUAAUAUGGCUGCAUAAUAGCCUUAACUAGAGAGAGAAAGAGAGAAAAUACAUUAGAUCAGAGUAAGAUCAUUUACUUAAUAUUGCAUAAACUAAAACUUUAAAGGACACUUCCACAGAUUUACCAAACAACCUCAAAUUUUAGUUGAAUGACCUGCAGACUGAAAUAUUGAAUUCCAAGAUAGGAUUCCUUUUAGGCAAGUUGGCCGAGAUUACUUUUUUCAUCUUUUUCCUCAUACAAUCUUAAAAUUCCCCAGAGAGACAAACCAAAGAGGGUGCAAAAUGGGACCUUAUUUUUUUCCCUGAAAGUGUAUGUUAAAAUGGCGAAGGCUAUAAUUACUAGGUAUUAAGUAAUACUCCACAUGUAACAUAUUCAAGAUAGCUAUUUGUAAUACAGAUUAACAUUUUAAUUUAGUAGUUCAUACAAAACAGUGUAGUAACAUGUUGUUUACUACAGUAACUAUAACUUAUUUGCAAGAAAAAAAAAUCCUUCAAGAAAAAGAGGCUUAUUUAAGCCACUGGCAGCUCUCUAAACAGCUCUGAUAAAUGGUACCUCAUAAUGCUGGAAGAUGCUGGAUAUGUAUCGUUAGAGAAACCUUAACAGCAUAUCAGUAUAACGACAGGAAUAGAGGGGUAAAACAAACACCUGUCAAAUAAUGCCUGUGGACUUCCUGUGUUUCUCAUUCAUCUUCCAUCUUCAGUUACGUGUCUGCUAGUGAUCCAACACUAAGUUCUUGUAAGUUCUAUGUAAGGUUUUAAUUAUUUUUUUUUUUUUACUUAAAAUUCUGUAAUUAUGGAUGUUACUUGGUCUUACUACAGCUGCACAGUAAAGUGCAACCCAGCACCACUGGGCCACAUCCAGAGUUUAUUCUCGAACAGGCAUCGGUAUACACUGGUCCUCGUUAAGAGGUGUUUUGUAAUCUGUACAAUCCUGCAGCACUCUACUACUUUUGGAACACAUAUCAGUACUUUAUAAAGGAGAGAUAGACGACUGUUUUGAGUUGCCAAAGUGAUACCUGAUCAUCAGGAGCUCAGUGAAUUAUCCUGUUACAAUAUGGUGUUCGGUGUGUUUGUUCCUGCACUUGUAGUAGCACCAUGGCUGUCAUUUCAUUUCAACACACUCCAUGCUGACUGUAGUAUUAAAAGAAAAUAAAACAAACCCAUAGUU